AUGGAAUAUGUUAAGAAAGCUUAUAACGUUGUCUUCUAUGAGAGAGCAGAUCAAAGAGUAAAAGACUGGCUUCUGAUGACGUCACCGUGGCCUCUUGUCGCUAUCAUUAUAACCUACCUAGCGUUAAUCAUGCAUGUGCUCCCCAAAUUCAUGAGGAACAGGCGAGCUGUCAACCUUAGGCCUGUUAUCAAAUGGUACAAUAUUGUGCAGAUUGUCGCGAACGCUGUAGUCACAUGGGGAAUGAUCUACGGAAGGUAUUCGGAGAAUGUUAGCAUGAAUAUUCCGGUGGCUGUUGGAGACAACGUCACUGCCACACCCGCCACUUUCAUUGGCAAGAAUUGCGAGUACGGAAAUAUUGAUCAUGACAUCGGGAUGGACGACUACCUAUCACUUUGGCUGCAUGCUGCCAGACUAUUCCAUGAAGCCAGAACCCCUGAGGAUGCUACGUUUUCUCUGGUGGACGAUUAUUUUGAAAUUGCUGGAGUUGCUGGAAACAGUUUUCUUCAUACUGAGAAAGAAGGAGAGACAGGCGUCGUUUCUACACGUUUAUCAUCACGUUACCACCCUGGUCAUGGUUUGGAUGGCCGUCAAAUAUAUAGGGGUACAAAAGCGGUAUCUACAAACGGUCUAGAAAUGCCGCCGCUAAGCUUUUCCGGUAUAGGUUUAUCCGACAGAUCAACAGCAAUUGUUACUGUUGUUGCUGAACAACUUCAACACGUUUGA